AUGGCCAGCACUGACAGCACAGCUACUUCUGGGAAGGUCUUUGCACCGCCGACAUGGAGACCUAAUGAGUCAAGAUCAAAAACAGAGAAUGUCGCAAGCUUUCGUGCAUAUGUGUCGGAGAUGACGGAGAAGAUGAACAGUCAUCAACAAUUUCUAGAACAAGGAAUUUCAAAAGUAGGGAAAAAAGAAAACGAAAAAGAGAGUAAUGACAUAGAAAGGCAUCCAAAUGACGGAGGUGAAGCACAAGGGCAUGAGGAGGAUGCUCAAGAAAAAAAAGGCACUGAAGAAGAUGGAAGGGUAAAAAAAAGCGAGUCAGAAGAGGAAGCUGAAGAUACUGAAGAAGAAGAGAAGACCGAGGAAAGUGAGACCGAUACAAAUUCUGAAAGUGAUGUGAAUUCUGAGUCUGAAACUCAGAGUGAAGAAAAAGCUGCUAUAGAAUCUGAUGAUCCAUUGGAGUUAGAGAGCAAUUAA